AUGAAUAACGAUGCGUAUUAUCACAACAACCACCACAACCAAGCAUCGGCGUACCUCUCCCCGCAACACAACUAUAACUUACUCGACGACGACGAGAACGAGAAGAAGAAACGAUCUAGGGGAUUUAUUAAAGGAACGAUGAUGGGAGGAAAUUUCAUCAGAAACGCUGGGACGGUUUUGUCGAGGCACUUUAAAUCGACAUCGACGCAAUCGAUGAAAACACCACAACAUGAAGGACAACAACAACGAGUGAAUCCGUUCGCGGUGAUUUUCUUCCUCUUAUUUGCGUUUUCGUAUUUUCGAUGGUCGCAGGUUUCGAAAAAGUUCGACCUGUUUAAAUCGAACGCGGACGGGAGCAUGAGGCGGUUCAAAGAACUCUCCGGGAGUCGAGAGAGACGGUGUUUGGAAACGUUAGAAGAUCGCGAGAGGGAAAUGGGAGAGUUGCGCGCGACGGUGCAUAGCAAAGAGAAGGACACCGAGGACGCCACGCAUAAGUUCAACGCGUGCGAGUUGAAGUUAUCGGGACAUCACGAGGAGAAGAAGUUGAGCGGGAACGAAAAGUCACAGUUGAAGGAACAGUUGGAGAGUUUGAGGCACGAAAAAGAAAAUUUGGUCAUCGAGAUGAACAAGUGGAAAGACGAGGCUGAGAGCGCGAAGGAUGAACUCGCGACGUUGAAGAAACAUCACGAGUUGGAGAAGCACGACGCGAGCGUGAAGCACGAGGCGGAUUUGGGCGUCAUGGACGAAGGGUAUAACGCGGUUAUCGAUAGCGACGGGGUGUUGCACGAACACACGGACGAGGAAUACGAGGAGCUAAAGAGAGCGUUCGAAGCGGUUUCGAAGAAGCAUAACUUGGAGCACAAGGAAUUCUAUUACGAAAGCUCGGACCCGAACAAUCAUCAUCACGAAGAACCUGUUGUAGGAGGUGAUCCGGAACACCGCGAACCACUCGAACCACAUCCGGGAGUAGACGGACACAACAACGUUCACCACGUUGAACACGUGUCAUCGACGGAAGAAAUCCCGAAUCACAGAAAGAGUGGUAGCCAUAGCAAUAGUCACGAAGGCGGAGGAGAGGACGAUGAAGAUAUUCGACCUCUGUGGGAACGUUACGCCGACGUCGCGGAGGAAACACUCAAGACGUCGUGA